AUGCAUUUCCCGCAAACUUCAUACCCGAGUCUCGCAGCACAACAUACCGGAGCCGCACACAUGACGGGCACUCAGAUCGUGGGUAUGCCUCAGACCCAACAACACGUCCAAUACAUGGCGGCCCCGACGGCCACCACCGGUGCCCUACAAUCACAACAACCGCAGCAACAGAUCAUCUCUUCGGCGGCCCUCACGCCUCAAGUGUUGCAACAAUUGCAGCAACACUUGUGCGCACAGAAUGUGAUGACACAACCGACCACUCAGUACGUCAUCUCAACGCCCGGCGCCACUACAGCCGCAACCGCUCUGACGGCUAUUCCUCAGGGAUACCAAACCGUGCAGACAGUCGGUGGACAACAGGUCCUCAUUCAGACCAAUGCCGUCAACCAGCAGAUGACCAACGGAAUGACCGUUCAGUCGGCGCCAGCCAAUGGCAAUCAAUUGGUCCAAUUGGUCCUAUCCAAUGGUCAGGUGAUUACCACGACUUUAGCCAAUUUACAGGCCAUGGGAGUGACAGCUCCCACACCAACGCCUCAACAAUACUCAACACAAUACCAAACUAAUGGUAAUAUUAUAGUGACAGGCGCUCAGCCAACCGCCCAAUCCAUACCUCUUCAGACACAGUUAGUGACCAACUCUGCCGGACAGGUACCUCAAUCAACGCUCACUCAAGAAAAUACUAGUCAUUCAAUUGAUAAUAACUCGGAGAUUAUAUCGACGGACAAAGUCUCGGUGCAAAGUCAGACCUCAUCCCCUUCCUCCUCAUCCAACAACACUAUGGAAGCCGAGUCCACCACUCAAUGUAAUCUUCCCAACAAAGAUACCAUAAGUAAUACUGACGCUAAUAUUGUCGAUGGAAUCAAUUUAGAAGAGAUCAAAGACUUUGCCAAAGCCUUUAAGAUAAGACGCCUGUCGUUAGGGUUGACCCAAACCCAAGUGGGACAGGCGUUGAGCGCCACCGAAGGGCCUUCAUAUAGUCAGAGUGCCAUUUGCAGGUUCGAGAAGUUGGAUAUAACGCCAAAAAGCGCACAAAAAAUAAAACCGGUUUUAGAGAAUUGGAUGAAAGAAGCGGAGGAACGGUAUAAGAAUGGCAACCAAACGCUCACUGAAUUCAUGGGCUCCGAGUCGAGCAAAAAGCGCAAACGGCGGACAUCUUUCACGCCGACGGCCCUCGAGUUCCUGAACCUGUUCUUCGAGAAGAACACACACCCGACCGGUUCAGAGAUGACCGAACUGUCCGAACAGUUGAAUUACGAGCGCGAAGUCGUGAGGGUCUGGUUCUGUAAUAAGCGACAGGCGCUCAGGAAUACCAAUAAGAAGUUCGAGACAAACACCACUUACCAUCAGAUCGUAUGAAACAAAGUAUUUCUCUCUAUUUUCUAUCACUCGCCCAUUGAUUCCAUUAUAUAUUUUGUGUUCAUUUUUUGUAUUGAAUUAUAUAUUCAAUCAAUUUAUUGACAUUUUUUGUAACAAACCUUCAGAAUUAAGCUGUUAUUACGAAACAAAUAUAAUAACUAUUAAAUAG